AUGAAUUCCAUUCAAGAAUUGUUAAAACUAAAAUUUACGACCUUGUCGUUCGAAAAAAAAAUGGAAAUAAAAUCAUUGGGAAGACCAUUACCUACUUUGUUCAAUUUAAUCCAGGAAUCAAAGAAAGGAAAUAAAAUCUAUCGACGUCGGUUUAAUCCGGAGCUAUUCCAAAAAUAUAAAUGGCUAUGCGGGUGUGAAACUAACGUCAAAUUAUUUUGUUUUCCGUGCGUUUGUUUUGGCGGUGAUUGGUCUUGGAGUAAGACAGGUGUUACGGAUUUAAUACAUCUUUUAUCUAAAAUAAACAAACACGAAAAUUCAUUUAAACACAUACAAAAUGAAGCAAAUUUAAAAAUUUUGGGUACGGUUAACAUUGACGCAGGUUACAAAUUGGGAAUAAAACGACAUAAUGAACAAGUUUAUAAAAAUCGUGAUGUUUUAGAAAAAAUUUUAAACUGUGUUAAAUUUUGUGGAAAGUAUGAACUUCCUUUGUGUGAUCGUGAUGUAAAAGUAAAAUCAAAAAAUCAAGGUGUUUUUUGUGGUUUAAUUGACCUUUAUUCAAACUUUGAUCAAAAUUUAAGAGAUCAUUUACAAAACUCUAUGGUUUUUAAUGAACCAUCCAAAACAAUUCAAAAUGAGUUGCUAGAUUGUAUUUUAAAUGUUGUUAGAAAUCAAAUUUUAAUAGAAAUACAUAAUUCAGAUUUUGUUUCUAUUAUUGUUGAUGAAACUACUGACACUGCCAACUCAUUUCAAUUAGCACUAAUUUUUCGGUAUGAAAUUAAUGGUAAACCCGUUGAACAUUUUUGGGGCUAUUUAAAUCCAAAAGGUCAUAAUGUCGAGUCAUUAACACAAACUAUUUUAAAAGAAAUUAAUCCAAUUCUAGAAAAAACACCCUCAAAAUUAAUCGCACAAUCAUACGAUGGCGUGGUAGUAAUGAGUGAUCAGAAUACAAGAGUUAAUACAAGAGUGAAGGAAAAAUAUCCAUUUGCAAAUUUUGUACAUUGCUACGCUCACCAAUUAAAUUUAAUAAUGAUCCAAGCUACUUCGCAAAAUAAACAAAUUAAAAUAUUUUUUUCUAAUUUAUCUGAGAUUUCAGAAUUUUUUUCUAGUUCUCCACAAAGAGUAGCUGUGUUAAACGACAUUGUAGGUAGUCGUUUGCCUAGAACUGUUCAAACAUGUUGGAAUUUCCAUAUAAAAACUAUCAAUACAGUAUAUGAAUAUAGAGAGUCAUUAAUAGAAUGUAUGGACAAAAUUGUAAGUAUUUCCUUACAGUCUUGUACUAUUAAUAAAGCUACAGGUCUCAAGAGACUAUUAACAGAUGAAACUUUUAUAUUUUGGCUAACCAUUUUUCACAAAAUUAUGCCUCAUGUCGACUGCCUUCAUAAAGUUGUUCAAGCAAAAAACACUGAUCCGGUACAAAUACAAAAAUCAAUUGAUUGUUUUACUAAAGAAAUUUCAAAAAUUCGAGAUGACAUGACAAAUAUUUGUCAAUAUAUUUCAAAAUAUUCAGACAUUGAAAAUACUUUUAAAAGAAGAAAAAUUGAAGACAAUAUUAAUUCUAGAAAAUUGGCCGCAUUGGAAGUAUGUGACGUAUUAUCUAUUCAAGCUCAAAGUCGUUUUGAUUUUACUAAACAUUUAACAAUAGCUAAACUUUUUCAAAAUGAUAAAUAUGAAGAAUAUAAAUACACAUUUCCACUCACUACUCUAAAUAUUUUUGUUGAAUGUUAUCCAUUCUUUGUUCAAGAACGUUUAAAGACUGAGUUGGAGGUAAUGUACUCUCGUGAUGAUUUUCAUUCUUUAUGCGGUGUAAUUCCUACUAUUAAUUACAUUUCAAAUAAUAAUAUGGAGGAUACAUUUAAAGAAGUUUUUAAGUUGCUAAAACUUUUAGUAGUAAUUCCAAUGACAUCUUCAGAAGCCGAAAGAAGUUUCUCAACAUUGAAGAGGAUUAAAACAUGCUUGAGAGGUACCAUGAAUGAAGAGAGACUCAACGCUUUGACUAUGUUGAGUAUAGAAAGUUGUAUGAUUAACGAAGAUAAUAGUUUUAAUCAAAAAGUAAUUAACGAAUUUAUUAAAAUAAAAGAAAGAAAAAUGAAUUUUGUAUAUGUUGACGUGUAA